UGUUGGUGGCCAUGUUGAAGCUAUAAUGAUGCAGCGAUGUCGCCCACUUGUGUCGGCACGUGCUCCGCUGGAGUCGUGUGUUAAUUCAUUUCGUCAUCACCGAGGCCGCGAACUUUUGCCGGGAUCUCGAGUACCACCAUCCAGCGCCAUGUCGAGCGCGUGCAUUGAACGUUCAUCCACACGUAAAACCAGGUAGACACGCAGUCUGCCCGCGUUGAGCCAUGCGCGGUUCGCUGGCCUUCUCCGCAAAGGCCUGGCACGGCGCCGGCAACGGAGCCCUGUUUGCCCACAUACAACCACACAUACGAACGUCACCAACGAUAUCGAGAGCCUUCACGGCGAAGCCAUUGCCCACACAUGUCUCUGCCGCGCAGGGACAACGGACGAGGAGCUGCGUGGCGGCGUUGAUUCCCUCCUCGGCCAUUCUUCGUCUUGCGCCUGCGGGCACCACGCGUCGCAAUGCUCUCCAGCAUCCAUUCAGGCUGUUCACUUCAUCACGAAUCCUGGCAGAAGUAGCAAACGAUGCCAAGACACCCACAAAGCAGCGCAGGUCGUAUAAAGAUGAGAUGGCGGACAAGGGCAUGGCCGACUCGGAAGAGCAGCGCGACGCUGAGCCCGAGAGCGAGGGCUUCGUCAAGUCGGAAAAGGCAGCAGCAGCUCGCCAGGUCAACCUGAGUGCCAAGCUCAGCAAGGACGGCUCUGGGGGCGGCGGUGGGACAGGCGGCAUGAAGGAGAUCUGGCGCCUGAUCAAAAUCGCACGUCCGGAGCUGGGGACCUUAUCGUGGGCCUUUGUCUUCUUGCUUGUGUCCUCGGCCAUUUCCAUGUCCAUUCCCUUCUCUAUUGGUAGAAUUCUUGAUGCUGCCACACAGGCCGAGCAAAGCGAUGGGCUAUUGUUUGGCAUGGACAUGGGGACUUUCUACAUCGUUCUGGCUGGUGUGCUUGUAGGAGGUGCCGCCGCCAAUUUUGGACGUAUCGUCAUCCUGCGCAUCGUCGGCGAGCGCAUCGUUGCCCGCCUGCGAUCACAGUUGUAUCGCAAGACUUUCGUCCAAAAUGCCGAGUUCUUCGACGCGAACCGCGUCGGUGACCUUAUCUCUCGCCUCGGUUCAGACACCAUCAUUGUCGGAAAAAGCAUCACGCAGAAUUUAUCUGACGGCCUGCGUUCGUUGGUCAGUGGUGCUGCUGGCUUCGUCAUGAUGGGCUAUGUCAGUCUCAAGCUUACCGGUAUCCUCGCACUGAUUGCUCCACCUGUUGCGAUAGUUGCCUUCUUCUCUGGACGAUCGCUACGAACUCUGAGUCGCAAGAUCCAGAGCAAUCUCGGCACAUUGACAAAGAUUGCUGAAGAGCGCUUAGGGAACGUCAGGACAAGUCAAGCGUUCGCGGGAGAAAUCCAAGAAGCAUCACGGUACAACCGUCAGAUUAAAAGAAUUUUUAGUCUUGGGAAGAAGGAAGCCAUGGUCGCUGCAACGUUCUAUGGUAGCACUGGAUUGAUGGGCAACUUGACUAUCAUUGCUAUACUCUACGUCGGAGGCGGCAUGGUGAAGAACGGCGUCAUCUCCAUCGGCGAGCUUUCCUCGUUUUUGAUGUACACUGCCUAUGCUGGUGGAAGCAUGGUGGGUCUCUCAGGCUUCUAUGGCGAGAUGAUGAAGGGUGUUGGAGCAGCUAGUCGUCUGUUCGAACUUCAGGACCGCGAACCAACGAUAUCACCGACAAGGGGUGAGCCUGUCAAGUCUGCGCAAGGACCAAUCGAGUUCAACAAUGUUACUUUCAGCUACCCCACCCGGCCUGCUGUCACUAUCUUCAAAGACCUGAACUUCAAGAUUGAACAGGGCACAAACGUCGCCAUCGUCGCACCAAGUGGAGCUGGAAAGUCUACAGUCGCAAGCCUGCUCUUACGUUUCUAUGUUCCAAACUCUGGCAAAAUUCUUAUCCACGGACGCGAUAUCACGAAACUCAAUGCGAAGCAAUUGAGAAGAAAGAUUGGGUUCGUUGGCCAGGAACCUGUACUCUUCUCCGGAACCAUUGCGGAGAAUAUCGCGUACGGAGUGCCCCUUGCAACCCGCGCUGAGAUUGUAGGAGCUGCGCGAAAGGCCAACUGCCAGUUCAUCAGUGACUUCCCUGACGGUCUCGAAACUCACGUUGGCGCGCGUGGCACCGCGCUAUCUGGCGGUCAAAAGCAGCGCAUAGCCAUUGCACGAGCCCUCAUCAAGAAGCCUGACAUUCUCAUUCUUGAUGAAGCUACGAGCGCCCUAGACGCCGAGUCUGAGACUCUUGUCAAUCAGGCCCUGAGUAAACUGCUCAGGGAGAAGAAUACUACAAUCAGUAUUGCGCAUCGUUUGUCAACGAUCAAACGCUCCGAUCGUAUCAUUUGUAUCAAUGCAGAUGGAUCAGUGGCUGAGGAGGGCACGUAUGAAGAGCUUUCCUCAAGACCAGACGGCGCAUUCAACAAACUCAUGGAAUGGCAGAUGUCAGGUGGUGAGACAGAAUCAAACACGAAGAAGGACAACCCCAAACCGACGGAGGAAGAGGAAAUUGAGCGGGAACUGCAACGUGAGACUGCCGAGCAGGCGGGGAAGAACAGCGUCUAAAUGAAAGGUCUUGACAUUUGUCAGAGCGGACAAACACCGACUCCCUGCACCCGCAUCUAAUCACAGCAACGAAGUUUUAAGUUUCCAAUGACGGAGUAUCUGCGUUGCUGCAUAUAUACAGCAUCCUACGACUGUUUUCUUGGAUGCUCUCCACGAUGUCAGCUUGUACUUCGUCAUUUUUGAUGAGCCAACCCACCAGACGUAUCUGACCAUAGACCAGGUGGACGAAUACGUAUGUAGUUGUAUGGAUGAUUGGCAUAGCAUGGGUAUGACAGAAUUUCUUGAGUACCUGCUUGACGACGAGUACGAGGCUUGGAAACGACAUCACAUUAUAUCUUUU